AUGACUGGUCUACCUUUAUUCUCGCGCCUCUCCUCGCGCCGCUCAGAUUCGCUCAGUGACACAACCCUAACAGAACGACGGCUUUCUGAUCUUUCGAACAAGUCUCUACAUACUUACAAUGAGUCCAACCAGAAAGCUCCUCGCCGGUGGGUUACAAGCUUCAAAUCAAAACUGGACCAUACAAUCGUGGGCAAGAAGAAAGCCCGCAGAAAUCGUGUUCUUGUUGUCGUUGCGCUUAUCAUUGCAUUGGGUGGUGUUGCAGUACUGGUGUGGUUCUCACUUGUCCUCACCUUGAUCGACCGACUCACACCUACUGGCCCAUCGAACGGACUACAGAGAAUCGUCGAGACAUGGAAAGGCCCGGCAGACUCCGUCGCCGCACUAUCUCCCUGGCCGAAAGACUUCAGUCAAGGCAUUACACCGGUCCAAUGCCACUCUCACAAUGACUAUUGGCGCUCAGUGCCUCUAUACGAGGCCAUCGCAGCAGGAUGCACGGGCGUGGAGGCAGACAUUUGGCUCCAGGGCGGCGAUCUGCUCGUUGGCCAUGGGAAGCGCUCUCUGUCCCCUGAUCGUUCAUUAAAGAGUCUCUAUAUCAACCCGUUGACAACAAUUCUAUCGAACCUAAAUACGAAUUCGUCAACCAAUACUUCAGUAGGCGUAUUCGACGUCGACACAACAACCAGCCUUACUCUCCUGAUCGAUAUCAAAUCGGACGGAAAUGCCACUUGGCCUGUCCUCCUCAAUCAGUUGAGUCCUCUACGCUCUGCGGGAUGGCUAUCCCACUGGAACGGGACGAGCAAAACCCUUGUCCGUGGGCCUGUCACCGUGGUGGGAACAGGAAAUACUAUGUUUGAGUUGGUAGUCGCAGAGGAAGAUCGCUAUGUCUUCUUCGACGCCCCGCUAAACGACCUUGCGCAGAACUCCACCUACACAUCAGAAAAUAGUUACUACGCGAGUGUCUCGCUGCAAAAGGCCGUUGGGGUUGUAUGGCCCUGGGGCCCGACGGACAACCAGAAACAGAUCAUGCAGAAGAUGAUCAGCGCUGCCUCGGAAAGAGGGUUACUCUCGCGGUUCUGGAGUAUCCCCUCCUGGCCUGUCAGCCUGCGCAUGCGGCUAUGGCGGUUCUUGGUUGAUAGUGGGGUCGGCAUGUUGAAUGUAGACGAUGUGGUCCAGGCGACAAGGUGGAACUGGGACUGGUGUAUUGUGGUGGGGUUAGUGCUGUGUUGA